UAUCAUGGUGGCACUGGCUGAGGCAGCUGGGAUUGUAAAGUAGCGAAAUUGAACAUAGUAACGUUUUAAUGAUAGAAAUGGGUUGUUAACUCUCAGAAGUUUAUAGGUGCUAAACUCUCCACAGAGAAACAGGAGAGACACGAUGACAGCUAACGAGGAUCAAGAGAUGGAGCUGGAGGCUCUCCGUUCCAUCUACGAGGGUGAUGAGUGUUUCAAGGAACUCAGUCAAGUUUCGUUCCAGUUUCGGAUAGGAGACCUGGACGAUACCAAAGCCUUCAUCCUGGACGUGACGUGGCCAGAGACUUAUCCUGAGACGGCCCCACAACUCUCCCUUGAUGCCUUUUUUAACAACAGGAUCUCUCCAGAGACCAAGCAGCUGAUCCUGUCUAAGGUGGAGGAGCAGGUGGAGGCUAACCUGGGCGAGGCCAUGAUGUACACCCUGUUUGAGUGGGCCAAAGAGAACCAGGAGACCCUGAUGGAGAACCACAGGCCUGUUGUGACAGCUGUGACUUUGACAUCCAACAGUGAGACGACAACCACCGCCUCAACAGCCAAGAAGAAGGAGAGGAAGGAGCAGCUGACUAAAGCUCAGAAGAGAAGGAUCAUCAACAGAACAGAUCACAAAGGGGAACUGCCAAGAGGUUGGAACUGGGUUGACGUUAUCAAAACCGUUUGGGAGUGA